AUGCCGGAUAACACUAUCUCAAGCCAUGAAAUAUAUCGUUUCGCUGUCUACAUGCUUAGGGGCUUGACGUUAUUAUGCUGGCUAUGCCAACAGCUUCAACAACUCACUGCUCACAUCGUCUAUUGGAUGGACAAAGAGCGUGAACGCCAAAACCGAGACGAAUCGGAUAUAAGGAUCAUUGAUCUGGAUGAUGUUGAUCCGGAGAAUAUUGACAUGGAUGACAUUGAGAUGGAAGAUGUUGACAUGGAUGACAUUGAUGUGGACAACGACAUGGAAGACAUUGGUAUAAAAGAUAUCGACUCUAACUGA